AUGUACUUCACGGUGUAUAUCAUCUUGCCGUCGGAGCCCAACGUUGCAACGCGGUCCACUGCCAACAGCAACAAGCCAGAGAAUGCGUGGACAUCCAUCAGCGUUCCCUACAAGUCGGGACAAACGCUUGACGACCUCGUGCACGCCGCAGACGAGCGAGUCGCGAGCAAACUCGGCAGUGGUGUACUCGCUGGCUACGACUGUGGCCAGGUGCAGGACGCUUGGGGCACUGAGAUGGUCCUCAGCGACAAGGUGGGCGACCUCUUCGAGCCAACGGCACCGCAAGUGGAACGGCAAUUGUACAUGCAUCUGCACCUCAAGACUAUCCCAGCCACAGCGUCUCAGCCGGACUCAAGUGGUGCGCUGCCGGAUGUGUAUGACAUAGAAGCGAUUGAUGACGAUGAGGAAGACGGCUACGUGCGCAUUGACCGGCAAGGCUUCAAGAUUCCCCCGAUACCAACCAAGCUGCCUCAGAAGCGGCCGUCUCCUGUCGUAUUGGUUAACAGCUCUUCGCCUGAGGAAGCGCCGCCGGCUAAGCGUGUCCGAGAGAACCCCCAGGCUCCAACGCCCCCAACUUCGAGCCCGCGGAACGCGUUCUCCUUCCUCAAUGGCGCCCAGGCUCCUCACAAGAAAGCGGAAAAUUGGUCGAGAGAAGAAGAUGAGCUUCUGAUGCAGGGUAAGUGUCUGCGAUGCGCAUGUCGUCAUUUCUCGCUGCAUCACCACCUUGUCUCACAUCGCUAAAUUUUACGCCCUGUAGGUAUCAAAGAGAACCUCUCGGCAAGGCGCAUGAACGAAGCCUUGAUGCCGAGUCGAUCUGCAGGCGCAAUCAGAGGACGAAAGACAUACUUGAAGAGAAAGCUCGAGCAGCAGCGCAACACCGAGCGUCUGCGGACAGAUUCAGUCAGCGUGUCUCCAACGCAAUCUUCACAGGAGACCCGUGACCGGCCGCAUAAGAAGACGUCGACAGACCGGGACAAGAGCCCGGUCGUGCUUAUCGAUCGUGGGUCCAAUACUGACCACAAUACAUCCCGGGAUCAUCUCAUUCCGUCCACCAACGAGUCUGGCUCACGCGCAGCUGCUGUAAAAGAUACUCCUCGAGACCACGUCGACUCCCUUCUUUCAGCCAAAGGUCCAGGCCAAGCUCUGGGCGAUCUUCCGCUUCCGCCCGAGGGCCGUGUCGCUGCUGGGCCUGCAACGAAAGUCGAGGCCAGGCCCAAGUCUCACAAGAGGACCUUGGUGAAAGCGCCGGCGAGCAAAGCUGCUCCUCCACUGGUCAGGAAAAUCGAUCGGACGAGGAGGAGUGAACCAAACAAAACCCUCAUCCAUCAGCCUGUCCCCCUUUCAGACCAUACUUCCGCCCGGUCCACAUCAAAUGGAAACACCGAGUUGCCUGGAAACAAGACCUCCCAACCUGUGCCCAACAAGCCUGAGAAAGACUUCGAAGCCUCGCCUACGCAUCGCGAGACCAAUGGCUCCGGUAGCCCGAACUAUGCUCAUAAAGAGCCGAAGCAGUUCUACAAAAACAUCACCCCUUCUGAUCGCUAUGAUGUGGCGCGUGAAAUCGUUGGCGACAAUCCACUACGGAUUCGAAGAGAGAUGGAGGAUCUCGAAGCCAACGAGAAGAUGUUGAAUGCCGUCUUACGCCAAGAUCAACCAGAAAUCGAUAGGAUCAAUGCGAUGAAGCAAUAUCGGACUUCUCAAAGGGCGGUCGAGGACGGGCAAGAGCCUCCUACCCUCCACAACAGACUGCGAGGCCUCACCGUGCUCAAGACUUCGGUGGUCCACGAAGAAGCAGACGAAGAGUUCGGGCCUGAGAAUGAUUUUGGAGCACAGCUGGAAGAAGAACGCGCACGGGCUUCCUUGAGCCCCAUGAGGGCGGCCUUCAUGGAAGAGUCAUCCCAAUCGGAGCACUAUUCGUCAGACACCGAGAGCAUGAUACACGAUCGCGAGAUAGUAGAGGUUGAGGACGAACCCAGUGUCACCGCGCAUUGCCGCGCCCCGCCGGCACCGGCACGCCAGGCCCAUGGAAGCAAAAAAGCCGCGUGCACGGAGAAGAAGCGAGCUGCUAGACUCACUCGUCGAUCCCGUGCCGCAGACAGACGUAGGAGCAGCAUGUCCGUAUCGUCCAAGAUGAGCGUCUCACGCGCCGACACCUCCAGCGUAGCUGACGCCGGAGAUGCGAGAAUUUCCGACCAAGGACGGACUCCGGGCCAAUGGGGAAUGCUUUUGAGCGACGCGACCUUUCCGGUCAGCGCGCACGAAGCGUCAUCUCGUCGCGAGAAGAGGAUGGAAUCAGAAGAAAUUGUGUACGGCGUGAGUGGAGACGAGACAGAUGCAUAG